AUGGUGGCCGAGGAACAUGUGGCGCCAUCAAAAGAAAAUCUCAGUUUUUCGUUUGAGGUUUCUGAUGAUGAUGAUGAUGAUGAUGUUAAUCAUGAUGAUGAUGAUGAUGAUGAUGAUGAUGAUGAUGAUGUGGAUUUUCGUAUGUUUGUACCAUCGAAGGAGCCAGUCAAUGAAGAUGUGAUUUCUCCAACUCAGACAGAGACUGAAAUCAAUAUUUUGAAACAACCAAACAAUCCAACCCUCGAACGGAUGGAAGCCCUUAUUGAAAAAUUACAGUCAACUGCGAGGAAGCCUCCCCAAGCAGUUCCUAAUACUACUGAGUCUCCAUUUGGGAGUGAUAAAGACGUUUCAAAUGCCUCCCUGAUGCCAAGAAAGAGAAGACAUAGAGAUCCAAGGUCGGGAGUACUUAUUGAUAAACCAGUACAACACCCAACUUCGUAUGUUGAACCAACCCAAGUUAUUCAAGAUGAUCAAAGCCCAAUUGUUGAACCAACCCAGGUUCAUCAAGAUGAUCAAAGUCUAAUUGUUGAACUAGCCCAGGUUUAUCAAGAUGUUCAAAGCCCAAUUUUUGACGAUGAAUUCGACUUCUUAGCUAAUGAGGAAACUUUUGCCUCGGGAAGCUCUUUUGCCCCCACCACCUCCAGAGCAUGA